UUAGCUAUUGUCACGGAGACUCAGACAAACAAAGCGAAAAAGAUGGCGACCGCCAAGCCUUAUCGUGCGGCAAGUUUGUCUGAUCUGCCAAACAAUUUCCAGUUGGGGUAUCUUAAUUGUGAAAUUUCUUUGAAAUGCAAGCAGACUGGUUUCAAAUAUUUCAGCGAGGGAUAUAUUCAUAAUGUGAAAAUGUUGAAACAAGUCGUUGAGCAGACAGUAAACAUCUCCGCAAAAUGUCAUAGAAGUCAACGAAAGAACGAGAUACCACACAGUGUUGAGAUCGAUGUUAAUGGAGGACAGAUAGAACUUUCCAACUGUUCAUGCACUGCAGGUCUGAGUGGAUGCUGUUCCCAUAUUGUGGGCUUAAUACAAGGAUUAGUUCAAUGGCAAAUGAUGGGUCUUACAGAGCCACCUGCAGAAUUAUGCUGCACUAGUUUACCACAGCAAUGGGGAAAGCCACGUGGGAAAGAGAUUAAAGCUGUUCCUGCUCCAAGCAUGAUUAUUGUCAAACCAAAGAUGGACAGAAAAAGAAAGCCAUUGAAAAAUUCAUUGAUUGACAAUAGGAAGAUCCAAGUAAAAGAAUCAGACAUUUCAUAUCUGAACAGCUUAAAAGGUUAUCCCAUCAGCUAUCUAGCACACAACACACCAGUCAUGCAGGACACAAGUUAUGGACCCUUUCCACUUGGAAGUGCAUUAAGUACUCAAGCAGACUUUUAUUCACAGAGAGAGAUAGUUCCAGUGGAAACUGUUUGUGGAGAUUUAGUUUUUCCGAAAGAAAAUGGUCAAUCUGUUUUAUCAGAAAAAUACAACACUUUGAUAGACACCAUUUCAAAUGAUGAAGUAAACAUUAUAGAAGAACAGACCAGAGAACAAGCUCAAUGUGAAAAGUGGUUCAAGGAAAGAGAAAAGAGAAUAACAGCAUCAAACUUUCAUAGAAUUGUCAAAAGAAAAGCUGCAAUUAAUGACAAGUUCAUUCUUUCCAUAAUGAAGCCAAAGCCUUUCACUAGUAAAGCAACAUCAUAUGGAAGAAACAAUGAAAUAAAAGCUAGAAACUCAUAUGUUCAAACUUCUGGCCAUCAUGUUCAUGAUUGUGGGUUUGUAGUUAACCCGAGGUACCCUUUUAUUGGUGCUACUCCAGAUGCCAAAAUAUGUGACAAUGGUGUAACUGGAAUUAUGGAAAUUAAAUGUCCAUUUAGCCAAAGAGAUAACCUAAUCACUGACGCAAUGCAGGGUGCAGACUUUUGUUUAGAGUUGUCUGAAAAUGGACCGAAAUUAAAAAUCAGUCAUGAUUAUUUUAUUCAGGUACAAGGUCAAUUACUUGUAACAGGUUCUCAGUUUUGUGAUUUUGUAGUCUAUACAAAGAAGGACAUCCAUAUUGAAAGAAUUUAUCCAGACAAAGCUGUAAUGCAAAACAUUCUUAAUAAGCUUGCAGACUUUUAUUUUGAUCAUGUACAUUUAUAAUUUUAUUCAGUGUGUAAGAAGUUUCUUGCAGGUUAAUUCAUUUCAUGUUUGACAAAAAAAAUCAUUUAUAAGAAUACUAGUUGUGUCAUUGGCAUUCAUAUCACAUUCUUAUUUAUAUAUUACAAUGUUUUAGGUGAAAUAAAAAAAAUGUACAACUUAUAUAAAUGAUAAAAUGAAUCAGAAAAGCAUUACUUUAGGAAUAAAUAUAUAAUUGGAAAAUUUUAUAGGUUUAAUGCAAAGAACUCCUUAUCAAGAUAUUUGAUGUUAAGGAAAUGGCAGGGAAAGGAUUUUUCAGACUUUUACCUUAUAUAUUUGGCUUUUGUAUUAUUUGGGUCACAAAUUGUAAGAAAAGAAAUCUUCAGUUUGCUUAUAUUUUGUAAAUGAUCAUUUAAAUAUUUCUAUAAAAAGAAAAGUGUGUGAUGGGGCAAAAUAUUUAACCCUAUGUCUUAGCUAGGGGAAACGCAAGAAGUUCGAAAAUUUGACAAGGAAAAAAAAACUGUUUGCAGGAUGUUAAAAGCAUAAUUUUUAAUUAUUAUAUUGGAAGUUAAAGUUGUACCUAACACUUAUUUAAGUUCAGGGGAUUAAAUCUGUGAUAUCACCUAGAUGUUUUAAUCACCUUGCAUUGUUAAUGAAAUAUAAAGCUUUUUAAUUAUCAGAAAUAGUGUUUGUCAAACUACUAUAUCUCUUACAAUUUUUUUCUCAAGAGAUUGGUUCAAGUUUUUUGAAAUUUUUAUAUUUUUUUCAAAGGAUCAAAAUAAAUAUUUUGUAAACAAAUUUAUGAAAAUUAAACGAGCCAAAUUAAUUUAAGUCCAAGUGUUGGUGGACACCUAAAUUGGUGUCAUUUUGGUAUAUACAUGUAUAGUACAUAUAAAUGGUUUGUCAAAGAACCCCUUCUUAUUUUUAAGCCUUGGACAUUUUUUAAGAAUCCCUCCUCUUGCUGACUUCAUGUAGAACAUUCUUUUUAAUUUGUACGAUUAUUACUUUAUCAAAAUUUUCAGCAUACCAAACACUGCAGGGAGAAAACUCUGUAAAAUCAGCUAAACGUUUUAAUUAACUUGCAUUGUUAAGGAAACAUUAAGCUUCUCAAUGAUCAAAAUUACUGUCUGUCAAACUGCUAUGUAAACAGUGUAAAUUUCUGGUAAAAUGGUUGGUUCAAAUUUUUAGAAAUUUUAUAUUUUUGUCAAUUGAUGAUCAAAGUUAAUACUUUGUCAAAAUUUUGUGAAAAUUAAACGAGCCAAAUCAAUUUUAGUAAUAGUGUUAGGUUCCACCUUAAAAGUAAUUCAAUUCUGAAAGUGAUAUAUCAAUAAAUAAAUUUAGAGAAAACUUUAAAAAAAAAUAAUCUACUAUUUCAAAGUUUAAUACAAGGUCGACAAUAAAAGAGCACUUAUUUUAUACCAAGAUUGAUUUUUUUAACAAAAUUAAAAUGUGUUUGUUUGUUGUACAUGCUGUUUUCUGCUUCUUGGUUGGAUUGUGGUCUUUCUGACGCAUACCCCAUUUCAACUCACAAUUUUAUAUUAUUGAAUCACCUUGCAUACUAACAACUGUAUUAAUAAACAGUACUGAUCACAAACUUUGUGUUAUGUCAUUUAUCAUUUGUGUACCAAAAAAUUGAACCAUCAACAAAUGAAAACAUCUUUUUGAGAAAGUUUAGUAGUCCUGAAAAGGACUGUUUU